UGCCACUGCUCUGACCGGAGAGACAGUCCCGACAACACCAGCGACGAUGGAUGCGAGCUCGUCCUCGUCUUCAAGGACUUUCUUCCCCUACAUACCCAACGAAGUCAAGCACAGAAAGAGGACGUCCAGAUCGCAGCUCAAGGUGCUCGAGGAAGUCUACAGGAAAGACACAAAGCCAAAUGCCGCCAUUCGAAAGAAGCUCGCUGCCGAGCUCGACAUGCUCCCCCGUGCAGUGCAGGUCUGGUUCCAGAACAGGCGUGCAAAGGACAAACAGCUGCGAAAACGAGCAGCCGCCCAGCAUCUCCAGUCAGACGAACAGAACACCACCACUUCACAGGAAGAACCCCAGCGAGACCCAUCCUCUGACUUAAGAGAAAAACUAUCCGAACAAACUCAAGAGCGUGUCUCUCCUCAUCCAUCGUCCACUGACUCCCCUCCCUUUGCUCCAGAUCCGUCCAUCUCCCCAGUGGGACUGCACCAAAGCCAAAGUCCUCCUGCCACUCCAGUCGACGCCUGGCAGCACCCGCUCGAUCCGGAUAUCUACAACGCUCGGCGCGGCUCGCUGCCCGCCGUCAUGCCCGUCCAGGACUCCUCCCUUCUCCCACCUCCCCAUUUCAAUGUUGAUAGGCGUAAAUCCCUAGAUGUCAAUUGCUACAGGCUCGUGCAGCAUCCGUACGCCGGUGUCGUCAGAGAAAAAAAUGAAGCCCUCCUGGCAAAGUCGCCCCUCUCACCUCCCGGCUCCACCCAGGCCCUCACCCGCCCUCCAUCCACCAUGGGCCCCAUUCGCUCCGCCUCAUUGCUGUCCCCAUACGCACAUCCUCCCCGCUCAUCCUACGAAAAUCGACCUUUUGCCUUCGCUUCGCGUGCCGCCCCUCCGCCCAUCCCUGGGCCGCUCCCACGUCCAGACUUCCAGUUUGGCGAGUCCUCAUCAACUCCCCCUUCUCAAAAUGCCUCUCCCGAGGGCGACACGCCGCCAGGUUCUUCAUCGGGCUCUUCCGCUCAAGCCUCUUCUCCCGACAUAUCGAUAUCCAUGCUUCAUCGCUGGUCGUUCCCACGGGGCAGCACAACAAGUAUCACGAGUGCCACGAGCCCUAAUGGCAUUCCACCCCAUUGUAGUCUUCGUGAAGGCGAUGGGGAUGCCGAGGAUGCCAUCUCGACCACUCCAAGUAGCAGCAUAGGUUGUCUGUCGCGGUUCGGCAGCGUCGCGAGCAUUACUGGCAGCGAAUCAAGCGUCAUGUUUUCGGAUGUAAGCAGUUGCGUUGCGGUCGAUAUGGGAGGCGACUCCAGUGUGAGAAGGGGAUCCUGGUGAGAUUCAUUCACGUCUCGCUUUCUUCGUUGGUAUCUGAGUUUUGCAAAGCGGCUCCGGACAGCUGCUUGAGAUGCGCAUGUCUGGGUUGAACGUAAACAGCCACCAAAACCCCGGCGAUUUCAGCGCCCGCCCUCUACCUCCCGGUUAUGCCUCCUCUUCGUCGACGAUGUCCCCCGGCGACCGCCAGCAGACCAAAGAAAGCAGUCCUGCGUCCUGUCCUCCAUUGUCACGCAGCGGAUCUAUGUAUGAGUUCAGUGGUGUACCUCCCAAUGAAAUCCCUUUGGUAAGAAGGGGAAGUAUGCCACCUGCUGUCCACGCUCCCCCCGUCACGAUC